AUGGCGGCCGUCACCGCUCAUCUGGAUCAGAUAAAGAUUCAGGUUCCUAGCGACGAGGAUCAAGAGCCGUACUCACCGAACACCAGAGACACAACCAGCCCGGAAUACGAGGAGAAGGACAGACAAGUACAUUCAUCCUCUUUCUCCAUACACAAUGUGCUUAAGAAAGAAAGAGACAGCCCCGAGAAUGUGUUCUCAACUGAGAAAUUACUGCAGAACACGCCAAACUUCGAGGAAGGUUCCAGAAAUUCCAGUAUUAGUCCAAGAUUGGAUGACGAAAGAGCGGAUAUAAGUGUUGACGAUUCAUGCUGCAGUGAUGAUACUGUGCUAUCAGUUGGAAAUGAGGCUCCUGUGUGUAAAUCACCGGAAACCCAAGGAAUAACCACUUUCAAACACAUCCAGACCCACCUAAACGCUAUUUCCCAACUAAGCCAGAACUUAACCAUGAAUCAGCCGAUACUUCUUCGACCGAACCCAAUAGCACCAAACCCAUUAAUGUUCCUCAACCAACCCAUGAUGUUCCAGAACCCAUUAAUCAACCACGAGCUCAAAGCCAAUGUCCCAAGAAUGCAAAUACCACAGAACAGCCUAAACAUGAGCCAAUUCAACAUAAAUUUUGGUUCAAAAAGCCACAAAAGCGACGAAAACCGACUAAAUAACCAGAAUUUCUCCCCAAAAUCUCCAGAUAACGAAUCGGAGAGAGACUUCAUUAACCAGAGUCUCAAAUUCAGUAUAGACAAUAUAUUGAAAGCGGAUUUCGGCAGACGGAUCACAGAUCCACUAACAAAACGGAAACCUUCGAAAGCAAGGUAUGAGAAGACCAGCCCGUUAAAGGAAGUGACGUCAGUCAAGGAAGUUGAGGCGAGGGUCCCGGAAGUAAAACCAAUUGAUAAAGGAGCGAUAGAUCUGUCCAAAGCUGAUGAUAGUGGAAGCAAUGCUUCAUCAACUCCCGGUAAGCUAUUACAAGCAUAA